CACUUCACUUAAUACAGUCACAAGACCUCUCAGCUGAGGCUGUCUGCUUUUCGAUUUUGUAAAUCCAAGAAUUCCCUGAAUUCUAUCCCAAUUUCAUAGCGGGAUUAGAUUUUAUAGCCAAAAUGGCUAAUAUUAACGAUGAAAGUGUGAGCAAACUCAUACCCACGCUUGGAGAUGAUAAAAUCGAUAUGAUUGCUGCUACCAGUGUGUUGCAAAUUCGAGCCAGCGAAAUCCGUCAAUCCCAAAUUAAUUGGCAAUCUUACUUGCAAUCGCAAAUGAUCACCCAGCGUGACCAUGACUUCAUCGUGAACUUGGAUCAACGCGGGCACAAGGAUCUGCCCGACAAGAAUCCCGACACCUGUGCCGAAGUGUUCCUCAACCUGCUGACCCAUAUCAGCAAGGAUCACACAAUCCAGUAUGUCCUGGUGCUGAUUGAUGACAUUCUCUCGGAGGAUAAAUCCAGAGUGAAGAUUUUCCGCGAAAAUAGAUACAUAAAUAAUGUGUGGCAGCCAUUUUUGAACCUGCUCAAUCGCCAGGAUGAGUUUGUGCAGCACAUGACUGCGCGUAUCAUUGCCAAGCUCGCCUGCUGGCACCCUCAGCUGAUGGACAAGAGUGACUUGCAUUUCUACCUCUCAUGGCUGAAGGACCAACUCAAGAUGAACAACAACGACUACAUCCAGUCGGUAGCGCGCUGCCUGCAGAUGAUGCUGCGCACCGAUGAGUACCGCUUCGCCUUCCUGUCGGUAGAUGGCAUCUCCACCUUGCUGUCCAUCCUCGCUUCAAGGGUUAACUUCCAGGUGCAAUACCAGCUGGUGUUCUGCCUGUGGGUGCUGACCUUCAACCCGCUGCUGGCUGAGAAGAUGAACAAGUUCAACGCCAUCCCGAUCCUGGCGGACAUCUUGAGCGACUCCGUCAAGGAGAAGGUCACGCGCAUCGUCCUCGCUGUCUUCCGCAACUUGAUUGAGAAGCCUGAGGACUCGCAGGUCGCCAAAGAGCACUGCAUCGCCAUGGUCCAGUGCAAGGUGCUCAAGCAGCUGUCCAUCUUAGAGCAGAAGCGUUCAGACGACGAGGACAUCAUGAAUGACGUGGACUUCCUCAACGAGCGCUUGCAGGCCUCCGUGCAGGACCUCAGCUCCUUCGACCAGUACGCCACCGAGGUCAAGAGCGGACGCCUGGAAUGGUCGCCCGUGCACAAAUCGGCCAAGUUCUGGCGCGAGAACGCUGCUCGCCUCAACGAGCGCGGCCAAGAACUGCUGCGUACCCUCGUCCACCUGUUGGAGAAGAGCCGCGACCCAGUAGUCCUGGCUGUGGCCUGCUACGACGUGGGUGAAUACGUACGUCACUACCCGCGUGGCAAGCACAUCAUCGAGCAACUUGGCGGCAAGCAGCGCGUGAUGUACCUCCUCAGCCACGAAGACCCCAACGUGAGAUACGAAGCCCUCCUCGCCGUCCAGAAACUGAUGGUGCACAACUGGGAAUACCUCGGCAAGCAGCUAGAGAAGGAACAGACCGACAAACAGGCGGGCACUGUCGUCGGCGCGAAGGCCUAACAAUGUUAAUGUAUAAAAUGAUAUUGUCAUUUGUUGUUGUUAUAGUUAUCUAAGGUAUGCUGGACUUGCAAUUUGUAACUAUUCAUUUUCACAUACCGUUAUUAUGCUUUAAAGUUAUAUCGAACAUUGCGCUAUGGUAAUAUUGUACAUACUGUUAAUAAUGUAACACUUUGAAUUUGUCGCGUUUUACCUUACACAAAUCAUCGACCUCGCAAUGUACCCCAAUAUACUUGUGUCCUAAAUAACGUAAAUGUAUAGCAACCUCAAAUCGUGUAUUUUAUUUAAUAAUGUGAAUGCUGUAAAUAAAUAUUGCAAGCCAAUCGUAUUAUGUGUUUAUCCAAAUCUAGCAUAUAUUUACUGUUGUUAUUCUUGAAAUUAAAUAAUAUUUAUGUUAAAUUGGAUUGUAAUUUUAGAAAAUGUCAAGUGUCGAUCAGCACAUUCCUGUAACUUCUAUGAUAUAUAAAAAUGAUGAAUUGUAAUUCAACAAUGCUUAUGAUGUUCUAUAGUGGGUGUCCAACUCACGAGUAUAGUAGAAAUUUAAUGUAGAAGUGGGAUAUUAUGACGUAACGUAACACGCUGCAUCAGUAUUGUGAAUAAAAAGCCAUAAAAUAGCUAAA